GCUUCACUCGAAACCUUUUCACAUGCUUAUUGAUUAUUGGUUUUUUUGAGGACAUUGCAGAAUAAAAGAAAGAAAUGGACAUCCAGUUUCCAUUAGGAGUGAGAAAGGGUGGUUGGACCGAGGAAGAAGACUGUCUUCUGAAGAAGUGCGUUGAGAAACAUGGAGAGGGGAACUGGCACCAAGUCCCUCGCAAAGCAGGAUUAAAUAGAUGCAGAAAAAGUUGUAGGCUGAGGUGGUUGAAUUACUUGAGGCCAAAUAUUAAGAGAGGAAAUUUUACUGUGGAUGAAGUUGAUCUCAUUAUCAGGCUUCAUAAGCUGCUUGGCAACAGAUGGUCGCUAAUUGCGGGUAGACUUCCAGGAAGAACAUCAAAUGAUGUCAAGAAUUACUGGAAUACCCAUUUGCACAAGCAAUCGAAUGAUCAAAUCCAGAAAGAUGUACAGAAAUCGAAAAUGACCCAGAGCACGAUGGAAAAAAUCAAAGUCAUACGGCCUCGACCUCGGACCUUCUCGAAGAAUCUACCUUGGCGGAUGGGUAAAACUGUCAUUACAGAUAAAACUCAGACAAAAGAGAAUUUCUCCAACCCAUUCCAAUCUCCUUCACCAGGGGAUGACGACGGAAUAUUGUGGUGGGAUAACAUGUUAACUGAUCCUGAUAUUAACGAAGGAAUGAUAAAAUGGACCAAUGAAGAAGCGAUUAUGGAAGGCGGGGGUGAAAAGGAAAAAUCAGGUAUGCAGGGAGCUGGUAGGGAUCCUUUCAGCUGUAUUCAACAAGAUAACCAGAGUAAUUGGAGUGACCUUUUUAUGGACAAUAUAGACCUUCAGGAUAUUUUAAGAGAUUGUCAAGUAGUACCUUGACAUUUUAUUUUUCUUUGAAAUAUUUAGUAUCGAUUGAGUUUUGUCUUUUAUGAUUUUAGUAUUUGUUUUUAUCGACCAAAUUAAGAGAGACUUUAAUAAAAUAUUAGAGGUCGAGCAUAUAACCAAAAGCUCGGUGACACGAGUUCGACUCUUGCAGC